UCUACUUCUACUGCAGAUGAUAUCCUCAGUCAAGAAUGAUACCGUUCAUAGCUGCUUCAUAGGCCAUCCUUUUCAAGUUGCCAUUAUCAGCUGACCAAGUUCAUGUGGGCAGUUACCAGACUGAAUAAAAAAAAACCUUUAAGUGCAGAUGGCAGAAAAGAUGGAGCAGUUUCUACAGAGCUGUGAGAGGCAAGCCACUAAGCAAAGAGUAUUGCAGACUGAGGCCAAGAAGCAGGAUUCAGAAGGACCUAUCGAAGCAGUAGGCCAAGGAGCCGUUCGUCCGGCUGAAACCCACCAAGAUCUAGAGGACGACACCUGUCCGCUUCGGACAAGUACCCCGAAGAAGAACAGCAACCCAAAUCAACCAGAGGCACUGAACAUGAGAAGCCCCAGUCCCAUUCCUUGCGUCAAAGACACUCUUCCGGCUUUGCCUAUUAACUGUCGGGAGGUUGUAGAGGACGUAGCAGAGCUUUGUCCGCAAGAAGAGGAAGAUGCAGAUGGGAACGAACAGACUGAGGUACGGUCCAUGGCUGGGGACCUUCAAGAGGUGGACACAACCAACCCUGUGGGAACAUCAAAGCCAUUUGCUAGUCAUACCCCCGAAGAGAUCAUGUCUUCCGUCGAUUGGGUGACGGAUGCUUCGAUAGCUAAUACAGAGGAAAUUAAAAAGUUAGAAGAUACUCAAAGGAAGCAUCGGGUAGCAGCUGUAAUCCAGCACUCGAAGUCUAUGACUGAAAUAGAGUUGUUAAAGAAUGAAAGUCGAUGUCAUGUUGAGAACAAUGUCAUGCUGAGUCGGAGGAUUACAGCCCUUGAAAAUGAUAAGGCAGUAGCAUCUGCAGGUAUAGAGCCAUGGAAGAUUCCCUUCUUAGAACUUAAAAGAAAUAAGAAGGAAUUCAUCUCUUCCACAAUCAUUCAAACUAAAUGCGGGGGAUCCUUUCAGGCAAAGUUUUUCCUGAACGGGAUGAUUAAACAGAGGGAAUUACGGUUGAGGUUAGUUGUCUCUGAUAUAUCCGAGUGCACUGCUGCGGAAUCGGCUUGUAGCAAGUACCGUUGUAGAGUGCAACUCCUGCACCUUCGUGACGUUACUGUUUCCGUUCAGGACGAACAGGAUUUACCAAUGGGUGAAUGUGGCACUGAAUUCCUUACAUUAUUUCCCAUGAGAAAAUUAGAAGAGAUUGAUAGUCCAUUUGUGAAGGAUGGGGUAAUUUUAAUCAAUCUAAUCUUUGAAAAAAUAUAAUUUUCCAUAAGCCCAAACAUUUGAAGAAAGGGUAUGUUUAAUCUGAACAAACUAGGCCUCGCAUGUCGCAUAACAGUUUCUUUUUCUGAAUUUGCUUUUGCCUAUUGGUGAUUUUUCAGUGGGAACAUCUGGGCAAGUCAUAUAACAAAAUUUCACCAAAUAAUCAACCAGCUAAAGAAAUGAAUUAAUUUUAAUUGAAUUUUUUUUAAAUUCAAACCUUUUGAGAUUGGAAUAAUUACUGGGAGGAGCCGUGGUAUAGUGGUUCUGAGUUCUGACUCUUGCCUUGUGAACAGAGGGUCGUGUGUUCGAAUCCCACCGGGGUCUGACGUCCUUUGGCAAGGUG